GAAAAAGAGCUUAAUGAAAAAAUUCCUGGAACAACACUGGAAAUUUCAGAAAAGACUAUUUCAGAAGAAGACAAGGAAAAGGGAAUUGUAAAACAAAGGGUGGGAAGAACAAAACAACCCAGAAAAGAGAGAUUGUCCUGGCCCAAAUUCCAGUCAAUGAAAAAUAAAAAGAUUUUGGGGCACAGAAGAUCUCAUAGUACAUCUGAUGCACAUGAACAUGCUACACAAGAUAUUUCCCCAACAAGCCCUGACACCGAGUCACAAUUACAACAAGAAGAAUUCUGUUCUAAAGAGAAAAAAGGAAGCCAAAAGAAACUGAAGUUCCCUAAUAUUGUAUUCAAAAUGCAUAGAACAAAAGCAGAAGCAGAAGAGAAGCAGAGAUUAGAAAUAAAAACCGUGACACCAACAAAAAAGGAUAAAAUACGAAAAGAAGAUGUCAGCAUGGAAACUCCAGAAAUACCAACUGUACAAUAUAGCGCAUCUUACGCAUAUGAAACAAAAGCAGGUGAAAUACAAGACAAUGUCAAAAAAGACUUAAAAGACAUGGGAAAUGGCUUACCAAUUUAUACAAAGAAGUACCCUGAAGUUGAAAUUCACAUUACAAAACAAAAAGACCAGAUAGCAACAUCUAAACCUACUACUGCAACAUCACAAAUACCACCAAUAACAACACAAAUAUCAAAACCUACAUCAGAAAUACAAACACCUGGUCUCAAAGACAUACAAAGCAAACAAAUACCACAAGCUUUACCAAGGACGAGAAAAAAGAAACAAAAAAGUUCAUCAGAACAAAAAUCCACCAAAAUUUCUCUGCAACAUCCUGGAGAAGGGAUAACAAAUACAGAAAUGAGGGAUCACCUAGAACACACUUCUGUUCAAAUAAAGGGCCUAGAAAUAAAAACAACAAAAAAAGAAACCGGAAAAACAAAACAAGAAAAAGAGAUGAAUGAAGAAUGUGAGCAGGAUCACAUGCAAAUAUCAGAUAUACAAAAAGAAAACUUUGGAAUUUACACAAAUAAGGGAAAGCAGCCAGAAAGUGAAAUCACAUUACACAAACUGGAAACUGACAUACACAAGAAAACAGUAAAAAUAGAAGCAAUUGAAAUUGAUAUGGACGUCCCAAAAACACCAGUGCAAAUUGAUCCUGUGACAGAAGGCUCAGGCUGGAAAAUGCAAAUGCCAUCACUGAAAAGGCCCAAAGUGUCGAAAGCAGACAUUCAACCACCAAAGGUGGACAUCACCCUCCCAUCAGUAGAUGUGUCUCUUCCAAAGGCCGAGGUGGAGAUUAAGGGCCCAGAAGCAACAGCUAAAGUGGUGCAGAUAGAAGGUGAAAUAAAAGCCACAGAUAAAGAUGCCAAAGGAAAAGAAAGUAAGUUCAAAAUGCCAAAAUUCAGUAUGCCUUCAUUUGGCUGGUCCACCACAAAGGAGACCAGUGGUGGAGUAGCAGAUGUUGAAGCAAGCCUCAAAGAGCCCCAGGUGACAAUGCCAUCAGCCAGAGCAGAAGGAGAGAUAACAGUGUCAGGACCUGCAAUCCAGACUCCAAGUGCUGAACUGGAAAUCGGGACAUCUGCAGGAAAAGGUGGUGAGAAGGGAAAAAUUAAAAUGCCUGACGUUAAGCUGCCGAGUGUGAAGCUUCCGAAAGUUAAGGCUCUUCAGGUACAGGUCAGUCUACCUAAGAUGGAGGCAGAUAUUUCCCUUCCCAAAUCACAAGCCGAAAUUAAAGAGGGGGGAUUUGAAGUGAAAGUUCCCGACAUGGAAAGCCGUAUUGAAGUUGAGACAGGGAAAGCUGAGGCAACAGGGAUGAAAAUACACAUGCCAAAACUCAGGAUGCCUUCUAUGGGAUAUUCUAAACCAGAAAUCGAAGCUCCCAAAGUAGACGUGGAUGUUACUUUACCCAAAGUCGAUGUCAAACUUCCAACAGGUGAUGUCAGUCUUCAAGAAGCUGACCUGAAAGCACCCUCUGUUCACGGAGAUGUCAAAAUCUCAGCACCUGGAGUCAAGACUCCCAAAAUAGAAGGUUCCAUUCAAUUGAAGGGUCAAGGGAUUGAAGCAAAAGAGCCAUCACCUGAAAUUGCGGUGCAGGGACCAGAGGGGAAAGCUUCUGGUUUGGAAGGGAAAAUUCAAAUGCCUAAAUUUGAAAAGCCAAAGUUUGGAGUUUCACUUCCAAAAGGCAAAGUGCUAGAAGGUGAUAUCAGCUUACCGAGAAUGGAAGCUGACAUUCCCAAGCCAAAAGUCAAAGGCCAAGUGGCUGCAAUCAGCGUGGAAACCCGGACGCUAGCAGUGGAAGCUGAUGUUCCUGACAUAGAGACUGAAGUUUCUGGCUGGAAAAUACAAAUGCCAUCACUCAAAAUGCCCAAAGUGCCAAAAGCAGACAUUCAAGCACAAAACAUGGACAUCACCCUCCCAUCAGUAGACGUUUCUCUUCCAAAGGCCAAGAUGGACAUUAAGGGCCCAGAAGCAAAAGCUAAAGCAGUGGAGAUAGAAGGUGAAAUAAAAGUCACUGAUAAAGAUGCUAAAGGAAAAGAAAGUAAGUUCAAAAUGCCAAAAUUCAGUAUGCCUUCAUUUGGCUGGUCAACCACAAAAGAGACCAGUGGUGGAGUAGCAGAUGUUGAAGUAAGCCUGAAAGAGCCCCAGGUGACAAUGCCAUCCGUCAGGGCAGAAGGAGAGAUAACAGUGUCAGGACCUGCAAUCCAGGCUCCAAGUGUUGAUCUGGAAAUCGGGACUUCUGCAGGAAAAGAUGAUGAGAAGGGAAAAAUUAAAAUGCCUGAUGUUAAGCUGCCGAGUGUGAAACUUCCCGAGGUCAAGGCUCCCCAGGUACAGGUCAGUCUGCCAAAGGUGGAGGCAGAUAUUUCCCUUCCCAAAUCACAAGCCGAAACUAAAGAGGGGGGAUUUGAAGUGAAAGUUCCUGACAUGGAAAGCCAUAUUGAAGUUGAGAAAGGGAAAGCUGAGGCAACAGGGAUGAAAAUACACAUGCCAAAAGUAAAGAUGCCUUCUCUAGGAUUUUCUAAACCUAAAAUCAAAGCUCCCAAAGUAGACGUGGAUGUUACUUUACCCAAAGUCUAUGUCGCACUUCCAACGUGUGAUGUCAGUCUUCAAGAAGCUGACCUGAAAGCAGCCUCUGUUCCCGGAGAUGUCAAAAUCUCAGCACCUGAAGUCAAGAUGCCCAAAAUAGAAGGUUCCAUUCAGCUGAAGGGUCCAGGGAUGGAAGGGAAAGAGCCAUCGGCUGAAUUUGCGGUGGAGGGACCAGAAGGGAGAGCUGGCAGUUUGGAAGGGAAAAUUCAAAUGCCUAAAUAUGAAAAGCCAAAGUUUGCAGUUUCACUUCCAAAAGGCAAAGUGCCAGAAGGUGAUAUCAGCUUACCAAGAAUGGAAGCUGACAUUCCCCAGCCAAAAGUCAAAGGCCAAGUGGGUGCAAUCGGCAUGGAAACACCGACACUAGCAGUGGAAGCUGAAGUUCAUGACAUAGAGACUGAAGUUUCUGGCUGGAAAAUACAAAUGCCAUCACUCAAAAUGCCCAAAUUGCCAAAAGCAGACAUUCAAGCACCAAAAAUGGACAUCACCCUCCCAUCAGUAGAUGUUUCUCUUCCAAAGGCCAAGGUGGACAUUAAGGGCUCAGAAGCAAAAGCUAAAGCGGUGGAGAUAGAAGCUGAAAUAAAAGUCACUGAUAAAGAUGCUAAAGGAAAAGAAAGUAAGUUCAAAAUGCCAAAAUUCAGUAUGCCUUCAUUUGGCUGGUCCACCACAAAGGAGACCGGUGGUGGAGUAGCAGAUGUUGAAGCAAGCCUCAAAGAGCCCCAGAUAACAAUGCCAUCAGCCAGGGCAGAAGGAGGGAUAAAAAUGUCAGGACCUGCAAUCCAGGCUCCAAAUGUUGAUCUGGAAAUCGGGACUUCAGCAGGAAAAGAUGGUGAGAAGGGAAAAUUUAAAAUGCCUGAUGUUAAGCUACCGAGUGUGAAGCUUCCCGAAGUCAAGGCUCCCCAGGUACAGGUCAGUCUGCCAAAGGUGGAGGCAGAUAUUUCCUUUCCCAAAUCACAACCUGAAAUUAAAGAGGGGGGAUUUGAAGUGAAAGUUCCCGACAUGGAAAGCCGUAUUGAAGUUGAGACAGGGAAAGCUGAGGCAACAGGGAUGAAAAUACACAUGCCAAAAGUCAAGAUGCCUUCCAUGGGAUUUUCUAAACCAAAAACUAAAGCUCCCCAAAUUGACGUGGAUGUUACUUUACCCAAAGUUGAUGUCACACUUCCGACGUGUGAUGUCAGUCUUCAAGAAGCUGACCUGAAAGCAGCCUCUGUUCCCGGAGAUGUCAAAAUCUCAGCACCUGGAGUCAAGAUUCCCAAAAUAGAAGGUUCCAUUCAGCUGAAGGGUCCUGGGAUGGAAGUGACAGAGCCAUCGGCUUCUUUUGCAGUGGAGGGACCAGAGGGCAAAGCUGGGAGUUUGGAAGGGAAAAUUCAAAUGCCUAAAUUUGAAAAGCCAAUAUUUAGAGUUUCACUUCCAAAAGGCAAAGUGCUAGAAGGCGAGUUCAGCUUACCGAGAAUGGAAGCUGACAUUCCCAAGCCCAAAGUCAAAGGCCAACUGGGUGCAAUCGGCGUGGAAACCCCGACGCUAGCAGUGGAAGCUCAUGUUCCUGACAUAGAAACUGAAGCUUCCGGCUGGAAAAUACAAAUGCCAUCACUCAAAAUGCCCAAAAUGCCGAAAGCAGACAUUCAAGCACCAAAGGUGGACAUCACCCUCCCAUCAGUAGAUAUUUCUCUUCCAAAGGCCAAGGUGGACAUUAAGGGCCCAGAAGCAAAAGCGAAAGCGGUGGAGAUAGAAGGUGAAAUAAAAGUCACUGAUAAAGAUGCUAAAGGAAAAGAAAGUAAGUUCAAAAUGCCAAAAUUCAGUAUGCCUUCAUUUGGCUGGUCCACCUCAAAAGAGACCAGUGGUGGAGUAGCAGAUGUUGAAGCAAGCCUGAAAGAGCCCCAGGUGACAGUGCCAUCAGCCAGGGCAGAAGGAGAGAUAACAGUGUCAGGACCUGCAAUCCAGGCUCCAAGUGUUGAACUGGAAAUCGGGACUUCUGCAGGAAAAGAUGAUGAGAAGGGAAAAAUUAAAAUGCCUGAUGUUAAGCUGCCGAGUGUGAAGCUUCCCGAGGUCAAGGCUCCCCAGGUACAGGUCAGUCUGCCAAAGGUGGAGGCAGAUAUUUCCCUUCCCAAAUCACAAGCCGAAAUUAAAGAGGGGGGAUUUGAAGUGAAAGUUCCCGACAUGGAAAGCCGUAUUGAAGUUGAGACAGGGAAAGCUGAGGCAACAGGGAUGAAAAUACACAUGCCAAAAGUCAAGAUGCCUUCUAUGGGAUUUUCUAAACCAGAAAUCAAAGCUCCCAAAGUAGACAUGGAUGUUACUUUACCCAAAGUUGAUGUCGCACUUCCAACGUGUGAUGUCAGUCUUCAAGAAGCUGACCUGAAAGCAGCCUCUGUUCCCGGAGAUGUCAAAAUCUCAGCACCUGGAGUCAAAAUGCCCAAAAUAGAAGGUUCCAUUCAGCUGAAGAGUCCAGGGAUUGAAGCGAAAGAGCCAUCAGCUGAAAUUACAGUGGAGGGACCAGAGGGGAAAGUUUCUGGUUUGGAAGGGAAAAUUCAAAUGCCUAAAUUUGAAAAGCCAAAGUUUGGAGUUUCACUUCCAAAAGGCAAAGUGCUAGAAGGCGAGUUCAGCUUACCGAGAAUGGAAGCUGACAUUCCCAAGACCAAAGUCAAAGGCCAAGUGGGUGCAAUCGGCGUGGAGACACAGACGCUAGCAGUGGAAGCUGAUGUUCCCGAUGUAGAUACUGAAGCUUCCGGCUGGAAAAUACAAAUGCCAUCACUCAAAAUGCCCAAAAUGCCGAAAGCAGACACUCAAGAACCAAAGGUGGACAUCACCCUCCCAUCAGUAGAUGUUUCUCUUCCAAUGGCCGAGGUGGACAUUAAGGGCUCAGAAGCAAAAGCUAAAGCGGUGCAGAUAGAAGGUGAAAUAAAAGUCACUGAUAAAGAUGCUACAGGAAAAGAAAGUAAAUUCAAAAUGCCAACAUUUGGCAUGCCUUCGUUUGGCUGGUCCACCUCAAAAGAGACCAGUGGUGGAGUAGCAGAUGUUGACGCAAGCCUCAAAGAGCCCCAGGUGACAGUGCCAUCAGCCAGGGCAGAAGGAGAGAUAACAGUGUCAGGACCUGCAAUCCAGGCUCCAAGUGUUGAACUGGAAAUCGGGACUUCUGCAGGAAAAGAUGAUGAGAAGGGAAAAAUUAAAAUGCCUGAUGUUAAGCUGCCGAGUGUGAAACUUCCCGAGGUCAAGGCUCCCCAGGUACAGGUCAGUCUGCCAAAGGUGGAGGCAGAUAUUUCCCUUCCCAAAUCACAAGCCGAAACUAAAGAGGGGGGAUUUCAAGUGAAAGUUCCUGACAUGGAAAGCCGUAUUGAAGUUGAGACAGGGAAAGCUGAGGCAACAGGGAUGAAAAUACACAUGCCAAAAGUCAAGAUGCCUUCUAUGGGAUUUUCUAAACCAGAAAUCAAAGCUCCCAAAGUAGACUUGGAUGUUACUUUACCCAAAGUCGAUGUUACACUUCCAACGUGUGAUGUCAGUCUUCAAGAAGCUGACCUGAAAGCAGCCUCUGUUCCCGGAGAUGUCAAAAUCUCAGCACCUGGAGUCAAGAUGCCCAAAAUAGAAGGUUCCAUUCAAUUGAAGGGUCAAGGGAUUGAAGCAAAAGAGCCAUCACCUGAAAUUGCGGUGCAGGGACCAGAGGGGAAAGUUUCUGGUUUGGAAGGGAAAAUUCAAAUGCCUAAAUUUGAAAAGCCAAAGUUUGGAGUUUCACUUCCAAAAGGCAAAGUGCUAGAAGGCGAGUUCAGCUUACCGAGAAUGGAAGCUGACAUUCCCAAGCCAAAAGUCAAAGGCCAACUGGGUGCAAUCGGCGUGGAAACCCCGACGCUAGCAGUGGAAGCUGAUGUUCCUGACAUAGAGACUGAAGCUUCCGGCUGGAAAAUACAAAUGCCAUCACUCAAAAUGCCCAAAGUGCCAAAAGCAGACAUUCAAGCACCAAAGGUGGACAUCACCCUCCCAUCAGUAGAUGUUUCUCUUCCAAAGGCCAAGGUGGACAUUCAGGGCCCAGAAGCAAAAGCUAAAGUGGUGCAGAUAGAAGGUGAAAUGAAAGUCACUGAUAAAGAUGCUAAAGGAAAAGAAAGUAAAUUCAAAAUGCCAACAUUUGGCAUGCCUUCAUUUGGCUGGUCCACCUCAAAAGAGACCAGUGGUGGAGUAGCAGAUGUUGAAGCAAGCCCGAAAGAGCCCCAGGUGACAAUGCCAUCAGCCAGGGCAGAAGGAGAGAUAACAGUGUCAGGACCUGCAAUCCAGGCUCCAAGUGUUGAACUGGAAAUCGGGACUUCUGCAGGAAUAGAUGAUGAGAAGGGAAAAAUUAAAAUGCCUGAUGUUAAGCUGCCGAGUGUGAAGCUUCCCGAGGUCAAGGCUCCCCAGGUACAGGUCAGUCUGCCAAAGGUGGAGGCAGAUAUUUCCCUUCCCAAAUCACAAGCCAAAAUUAAAGAUGGGGGAUUUGAAGUGAAAGUUCCUGACAUUGAAAGCCGUAUUGGAGUUGAGACAGGGAAAGCUGAGGCAACAGGGAUGAAAAUACACAUGCCAAAAGUCAAGAUGCCUUCUAUGGGAUUUUCUAAACCUAAAAUCAAAGCUCCCAAAGUAGACUUGGAUGUUACUUUACCCAAAGUCGAUGUUACACUUCCAACGUGUGAUGUCAGUCUUCAAGAAGCUGACCUGAAAGCAGCGUCUGUUCCCGGAGAUGUCAAAAUCUCAGCACCUGGAGUCAAGAUGCCCAAAAUAGAAGGUUCCAUUCAGCUGAAGGGUCCAGGGAUGGAAGGGAAAGAGCCAUCGGCUGAAUUUGCGGUGGAGGGACCAGAAGGGAAAGCUGGCAGUUUGGAAGGGAAAAUUCAAAUGCCUAAAUUUGAAAAGCCAAAAUUUGGAGUUUCACGUCCAAAAGGCAAAGUGCUAGAAGGCGAGAUCAGCUUACCAAGAAUGGAAGCUGACAUUCCCAAGCCCAAAGUAGAAGGCCAAGUGGGUGCAAUCGGCGUGGAAACCCCGACGCUAGCAGUGGAAGCCGAUGUUCCCGACGUACAGACUGAAGAUUCCGGCUGGAAAAUACAAAUGCCAUCACUCAAAAUGCCCAAAAUGCCGAAAGCAGACACUCAAGAACCAAAGGUGGACAUCACUCUCCCAUCAGUAGAUGUUUCUCUUCCAAAGGCCAAGGUGGACAUUAAGGGCCCAGAAGCUAAAGCGGUGGAGAUAGAAGGUGAAAUAAAGACCACAGAUAAAGAUGCUAAAGGAAAAGAAAGUAAAUUCAAAAUGCCAAUUUUUGGCAUGCCUUCAUUUGGCUGGUCCACCUCAAAAGAGACCAGUGGUGGAGUAGCAGAUGUUGAAGCAAGCCUGAAAGAGCCCCAGGUGACAGUGCCAUCAGCCAAGGCAGAAGGAGGGAUAACAAUGUCAGGACCAGCAAUCCAGGCUCCAAGUGUUGAACUGGAAAUCGGGACUUCUGCAGGAAAAGAUGGUGAGAAGGGAAAAAUUAAAAUGCCUGAUGUUAAGCUGCCGAGUGUGAAACUUCCCGAGGUCAAGGCUCCCCAGGUACAGGUCAGUCUGCCAAAGGUGGAGGCAGAUAUUUCCCUUCCCAAAUCACAAGCCGAAAUUAAAGAGGGGGGAUUUGAAGUGAAAGUUCCUGACAUGGAAAGCCGUAUUGAAGUUGAGACAGGGAAAGCUGAGGCAACAGGGAUGAAAAUACACAUGCCAAAAGUCAAGAUGCCUUCUAUGGGAUUUUCUAAACCUAAAAUCAAAGCUCCCAAAGUAGACUUGGAUGUUACUUUACCCAAAGUCGAUGUUACACUUCCAACGUGUGAUGUCAGUCUUCAAGAAGCUGACCUGAAAGCAGCGUCUGUUCCCGGAGAUGUCAAAAUCUCAGCACCUGGAGUCAAGAUGCCCAAAAUAGAAGGUUCCAUUCAGCUGAAGGGUCCAGGGAUGGAAGGGAAAGAGCCAUCGGCUGAAUUUGCAGUGGAGGGACCAGAGGGGAAAGUUUCUGGUUUGGAAGGGAAAAUUCAAAUGCCUAAAUUUGAAAAGCCAAAAUUUGGAGUUUCACGUCCAAAAGGCAAAGUGCUAGAAGGCGAGAUCAGCUUACCAAGAAUGGAAGCUGACAUUCCCAAGCCCAAAGUAGAAGGCCAAGUGGGUGCAAUCGGCGUGGAAACCCCGACGCUAGCAGUGGAAGCCGAUGUUCCCGACGUACAGACUGAAGAUUCCGGCUGGAAAAUACAAAUGCCAUCACUCAAAAUGCCCAAAAUGCCGAAAGCAGACAUUCAAGCACCAAAGGUGGACAUCACCCUCCCAUCAGUAGAUGUUUCUCUUCCAAAGGCCAAGGUGGACAUUAAGGGCCCAGAAGCAAAAGCGAAAGCGGUGGAGAUAGAAGGUGAAAUAAAAGUCACUGAUAAAGAUGCUAAAGGAAAAGAAAGUAAGUUCAAAAUGCCAACAUUUGGCAUGCCUUCGUUUGGCUGGUCCACCUCAAAAGAGACCAGUGGUGGAGUAGCAGAUGUUGAAGCAAGCCUGAAAGAGCCCCAGGUGACAGUGCCAUCAGCCAGGGCAGAAGGAGAGAUAACAGUGUCAGGACCUGCAAUCCAGGCUCCAAGUGUUGAACUGGAAAUCGGGACUUCUGCAGGAAAAGAUGAUGAGAAGGGAAAAAUUAAAAUGCCUGAUGUUAAGCUGCCGAGUGUGAAACUUCCCGAGGUCAAGGCGCCCCAGGUACAGGUCAGUCUGCCAAAGGUGGAGGCAGAUAUUUCCCUUCCCAAAUCACAAGCCAAAAUUAAAGAGGGGGGAUUUGAAGUGAAAGUUCCCGACAUGGAAAGCCGUAUUGAAGUUGAGACAGGGAAAGCUGAGGCAACAGGGAUGAAAAUACACAUGCCAAAAGUCAAGAUGCCUUCUAUGGGAUUUUCAAAACCAAAAACUAAAGCUCCCCAAAUUGACGUGGAUGUUACUUUACCCAAAGUUGAUGUCACACUUCCGACGUGUGAUGUCAGUCUUCAAGAAGCUGACCUGAAAGCAGCCUCUGCUCCCGGAGAUGUCAAAAUCUCAGCACCUGGAGUCAAGAUGCCCAAAAUAGAAGGUUCCAUUCAGCUGAAGGGUCCAGGGAUGGAAGGGAAAGAGCCAUCGGCUGAAUUUGCAGUGGAGGGACCAGAGGGCAAAGCUGGCAGUUUGGAAGAGAAAAUUCAAAUGCCUAAAUUUGAAAAGCCAAAGUUUGGAGUUUCACUUCCAAAAGGCAAGGUGCCAGAAGGCGAGAUCAGUUUACCAAGAAUGGAAGCUGACAUUCCCAAGCCAAAAGUCAUAGGCCAGGUGGGUGCAAUCGGCGUGGAAACACCGACGCUAGCAGUGGAAGCCGAUGUUCCCGACGUACAGACUGAAGCUUCCGGCUGGAAAAUACAAAUGCCAUCACUCAAAAUGCCCAAAAUGCCGAAAGCAGACAUUCAAGCACCAAAGGUGGACAUCACUCUCCCAUCAGUAGAUGUUUCUCUUCCAAAGGCCAAGGUGGACAUUAAGGGCCCAGAAGCAAAAGCUAAAGCGGUGGAGAUAGAAGGUGAAAUAAAGAUCACAGAUAAAGAUGCUAAAGGAAAAGAAAGUAAAUUCAAAAUGCCAACAUUUGGCAUGCCUUCAUUUGGCUGGUCCACCUCAAAAGAGACCAGUGGUGGAGUAGCAGAUGUUGAAGCAAGCCUGAAAGAGCCCCAGGUGACAGUGCCAUCAGCCAGGGCAGAAGGAGAGAUAACAGUGUCAGGACCAGCAAUCCAGGCUUUAAGUGUUGAACUGGAAAUCGGGACUACAGCAGGAAAAGAUGGUGAGAAGGGAAAAAUUAAAAUGCCUGAUGUUAAGCUGCCGAGUGUGAAACUUCCCGAGGUCAAGGCUCCCCAGGUACAGGUCAGUCUGCCAAAGGUGGAGGCAGAUAUUUCCCUUCCCAAAUCACAAGCCGAAAUUAAAGAGGGGGGAUUUGAAGUGAAAGUUCCCGACAUGGAAAGCCGUAUUGAAGUUGAGACAGGGAAAGCUGAGGCAACAGGGAUGAAAAUACACAUGCCAAAAGUCAAGAUGCCUUCUAUGGGAUUUUCUAAACCAGAAAUCAAAGCUCCCAAAGUAGACAUGGAUGUUACUUUACCCAAAGUUGAUGUCGCACUUCCAACGUGUGAUGUCAGUCUUCAAGAAGCUGACCUGAAAGCAGCCUCUGUUCCCGGAGAUGUCAAAAUCUCAGCACCUGGAGUCAAGAUGCCCAAAAUAGAAGGUUCCAUUCAGCUGAGGGGUCCAGGGAUUGAAGCGAAAGAGCCAUCAGCUGAAAUUACAGUGGAGGGACCAGAGGGGAAAGUUUCUGGUUUGGAAGGGAAAAUUCAAAUGCCUAAAUUUGAAAAGCCAAAAUUUAGAGUUUCACUUCCAAAAGGCAAAGUGCUAGAAGGCGAGUUCAGCUUACCGAGAAUGGAAGCUGACAUUCCCAAGCCAAAAGUCAAAGGCCAACUGGGUGCAAUCGGCGUGGAAACCCCGACGCUAGCAGUGGAAGCUGAUGUUCCUGACAUAGAAACUGAAGCUUCCGGCUGGAAAAUACAAAUGCCAUCACUCAAAAUGCCCAAAAUGCCGAAAGCAGACAUUCAAGCACCAAAGGUGGACAUCACCCUCCCAUCAGUAGAUGUUUCUCUUCCAAAGGCCAAGGUGGACAUUAAGGGCCCAGAAGCAAAAGCGAAAGCGGUGGAGAUAGAAGGUGAAAUAAAAGUCACUGAUAAAGAUGCUAAAGGAAAAGAAAGUAAGUUCAAAAUGCCAACAUUUGGCAUGCCUUCGUUUGGCUGGUCCACCUCAAAAGAGACCAGUGGUGGAGUAGCAGAUGUUGACGCAAGCCUCAAAGAGCCCCAGGUGACAGUGCCAUCAGCCAGGGCAGAAGGAGAGAUAACAGUGUCAGGACCUGCAAUCCAGGCUUUAAGUGUUGAACUGGAAAUCGGGACUUCAGCAGGAAAAGAUGGUGAGAAGGGAAAAAUUAAAAUGCCUGAUGUUAAGCUGCCGAGUGUGAAGCUUCCCGAAGUCAAGGCGCCCCAGGUACAGGUCAGUCUGCCAAAGGUGGAGGCAGAUAUUUCCCUUCCCAAAUCACAAGCCGAAAUUAAAGAGGGGGGAUUUGAAGUGAAAGUUCCCGACAUGGAAAGCCGUAUUGAAGUUGAGACAGGGAAAGCUGAGGCAACAGGGAUGAAAAUACACAUGCCAAAAGUCAAGAUGCCUUCUAUGGGAUUUUCAAAACCAAAACUAAAGCUCCCCAAAUUGACAUGGAUGUUACUUUACCCAAAGUUGAUGUCGCACUUCCAACGUGUGAUGCCAGUGGGUGCAAUCGGCGUGGAAACACCGACGCUAGCAGUGGAAGCCGAUGUUCCCGACGUACAGACUGAAGCUUCCGGCUGGAAAAUACAAAUGCCAUCACUCAAAAUGCCCAAAAUGCCGAAAGCAGACAUUCAAGCACCAAAGGUGGACAUCACUCUCCCAUCAGUAGAUGUUUCUCUUCCAAAGGCCAAGGUGGACAUUAAGGGCCCAGAAGCAAAAGCUAAAGCGGUGGAGAUAGAAGGUGAAAUAAAAGUGACAGAUAAAGAUGCUAAAGGAAAAGAAAGUAAAUUCAAAAUGCCAACAUUUGGCAUGCCUUCAUUUGGCUGGUCCACCUCAAAAGACACCAGUGGUGGAGUAGCAGAUGUUGAAGCAAGCCUGAAAGAGCCCCAGGUGACAGUGCCAUCAGCCAAGGCAGAAGGAGGGAUAACAAUGUCAGGACCAGCAAUCCAGGCUUUAAGUGUUGAACUGGAAAUCGGGACUUCAGCAGGAAAAGAUGGUGAGAAGGGAAAAAUUAAAAUGCCUGAUGUUAAGCUGCCGAGUGUGAAGCUUCCCGAAGUCAAGGCGCCCCAGGUACAGGUCAGUCUGCCAAAUGUGGAGGCAGAUAUUUCCCUUCCCAAAUCACAAGCCGAAAUUAAAGAGGGGGGAUUUGAAGUGAAAGUUCCCGACAUGGAAAGCCGUAUUGAAGUUGAGACAGGGAAAGCUGAGGCAACAGGGAUGAAAAUACACAUGCCAAAAGUCAAGAUGCCUUCUAUGGGAUUUUCAAAACCAAAAACUAAAGCUCCCCAAAUUGACGUGGAUGUUACUUUACCCAAAGUUGAUGUCACACUUCCGACGUGUGAUGUCAGUCUUCAAGAAGCUGACCUGAAAGCAGCCUCUGCUCCCGGAGAUGUCAAAAUCUCAGCACCUGGAGUCAAGAUGCCCAAAAUAGAAGGUUCCAUUCAGCUGAAGGGUCCAGGGAUGGAAGGGAAAGAGCCAUCGGCUGAAUUUGCAGUGGAGGGACCAGAGGGCAAAGCUGGCAGUUUGGAAGAGAAAAUUCAAAUGCCUAAAUUUGAAAAGCCAAAGUUUGGAGUUUCACUUCCAAAAGGCAAGGUGCCAGAAGGCGAGAUCAGUUUACCAAGAAUGGAAGCUGACAUUCCCAAGCCAAAAGUCAUAGGCCAGGUGGGUGCAAUCGGCGUGGAAACACCGACGCUAGCAGUGGAAGCCGAUGUUCCCGACGUACAGACUGAAGCUUCCGGCUGGAAAAUACAAAUGCCAUCACUCAAAAUGCCCAAAAUGCCGAAAGCAGACAUUCAAGCACCAAAGGUGGACAUCACUCUCCCAUCAGUAGAUGUUUCUCUUCCAAAGGCCAAGGUGGACAUUAAGGGCCCAGAAGCAAAAGCUAAAGCGGUGGAGAUAGAAGGUGAAAUAAAGAUCACAGAUAAAGAUGCUAAAGGAAAAGAAAGUAAAUUCAAAAUGCCAACAUUUGGCAUGCCUUCAUUUGGCUGGUCCACCUCAAAAGAGACCAGUGGUGGAGUAGCAGAUGUUGAAGCAAGCCUGAAAGAGCCCCAGGUGACAGUGCCAUCAGCCAAGGCAGAAGGAGGGAUAACAAUGUCAGGACCAGCAAUCCAGGCUUUAAGUGUUGAACUGGAAAUCGGGACUACAGCAGGAAAAGAUGGUGAGAAGGGAAAAAUUAAAAUGCCUGAUGUUAAGCUGCCGAGUGUGAAGCUUCCCGAAGUCAAGGCUCCCCAGGUACAGGUCAGUCUGCCAAAGGUGGAGGCAGAUAUUUCCCUUCCCAAAUCACAAGCCAAAAUUAAAGAGGGGGGAUUUGAAGUGAAAGUUCCCGACAUGGAAAGCCGUAUUGAAGUUGAGACAGGGAAAGCUGAGGCAACAGGGAUGAAAAUACACAUGCCAAAAGUCAAGAUGCCUUCUAUGGGAUUUUCAAAACCAAAAACUAAAGCUCCCCAAAUUGACGUGGAUGUUACUUUACCCAAAGUUGAUGUCACACUUCCAACGUGUGAUGUCAGUCUUCAAGAAGCUGACCUGAAAGCAGCCUCUGUUCCCGGAGAUGUCAAAAUCUCAGCACCUGCAGUCAAGAUGCCCAAAAUGGAAGGUUCCAUUCAGCUGAAGGGUCCAGGGAUGGAAGGGAAAGAGCCAUCAGCUGAAUUUGCAGUGGAGGGACCAGAGGGCAAAGCUGGCAGUUUGGAAGGGAAAAUUCAAAUGCCUAAAUUUGAAAAGCCAAAGUUUGGAGUUUCACUUCCAAAAGCCAAGGUGCCAGAAGGCGAGAUCAGUUUACCAAGAAUGGAAGCUGACAUUCCCAAGCCAAAAGUCAUAGGCCAGGUGGGUGCAAUCGGCGUGGAAACCGCGAUGCUAGCAGUGGAAGCCGAUGUUCCCGACGUACAGACUGAAGCUUCCGGCUGGAAAAUACAAAUGCCAUCACUCAAAAUGCCCAAAAUGCCGAAAGCAGACUUUCAAGCACCAAAGAUGGACAUCACUCUCCCAUCAGUAGAUGUUUCUCUUCCAAAGGCCAAGGUGGACAUUAAGGGCCCAGAAGCAAAAGCUAAAGCGGUGGAGAUAGUAGGUGAAAUAAAGGUCACAGAUAAAGAUGCUAAAGGAAAAGAAAGUAAAUUCAAAAUGCCAACAUUUGGCAUGCCUUCAUUUGGCUGGUCCACCUCAAAAGACACCAGUGGUGGAGUAGCAGAUGUUGAAGCAAGCCUGAAAGAGCCCCAGGUGACAGUGCCAUCAGCCAAGGCAGAAGGAGGGAUAACAAUGUCAGGACCAGCAAUCCAGGCUCCAAGUCUUGAUCUGGAAAUCGGGACUUCAGCAGGAAAAGAUGGUGAGAAGGGAAAAAUUAAAAUGCCUGAUGUUAAGCUGCCGAGUGUGAAGCUUCCCGAAGUCAAGGCGCCCCAGGUACAGGUCAGUCUGCCAAAGGUGGAGGCAGAUAUUUCCUUUCCCAAAUCACAACCUGAAAUUAAAGAGGGGGGAUUUGAAGUGAAAGUUCCCGACAUGGAAAGCCGUAUUGAAGUUGAGACAGGGAAAGCUGAGGCAACAGGGAUGAAAAUACACAUGCCAAAAGUCAAGAUGCCUUCUAUGGGAUUUUCAGAACCAAAAACUAAAGCUCCCCAAAUUGACGUGGAUGUUACUUUACCCAAAGUUGAUGUCACUCUUCCGACGUGUGAUGUCAGUCUUCAAGAAGCUGACCUGAAAGCAGCCUCUGUUCCCGGAGAUGUCAAAAUCUCAGCACCUGGAGUCAAGAUGCCCAAAAUAGAAGGUUCCAUUCAGCUGAAGGGUCCAGGGAUGGAAGGGAAAGAGCCAUCGGCUGAAUUUGCGGUGGAGGGACCAGAAGGGAAAGCUGGCAGUUUGGAAGGGAAAAUUCAAAUGCCUAAAUUUGAAAAGCCAAAAUUUGGAGUUUCACGUCCAAAAGGCAAAGUGCUAGAAGGCGAGAUCAGCUUACCAAGAAUGGAAGCUGACAUUCCCAAGCCUAAAGUAGAAGGCCAGGUGGGUGCAAUCGGCGUGGAAACCCCGACGCUAGCAGUGGAAGCCGAUGUUCCCGACGUACAGACUGAAGAUUCCGGCUGGAAAAUACAAAUGCCAUCACUCAAAAUGCCCAAAAUGCCGAAAGCAGACAUUCAAGCACCAAAGGUGGACAUCACUCUCCCAUCAGUAGAUGUUUCUCUUCCAAAGGCCAAGGUGGACAUUAAGGGCCCAGAAGCAAAAGCUAAAGCGGUGGAGAUAGAAGGUGAAAUAAAGAUCACAGAUAAAGAUGCUAAAGGAAAAGAAAGUAAAUUCAAAAUGCCAACAUUUGGCAUGCCUUCAUUUGGCUGGUCCACCUCAAAAGAGACCAGUGGUGGAGUAGCAGAUGUUGAAGCAAGCCUGAAAGAGCCCCAGGUGACAAUGCCAUCAGCCAGGGCAGAAGGAGGGAUAACAAUGUCAGGACCUGCAAUCCAGGCUGCAAGUGUUGAUCUGGAAAUCGGGACUUCAGCAGGAAAAGAUGGUGAGAAGGGAAAAAUUAAAAUGCCUGAUGUUAAGCUGCCGAGUGUGAAGCUUCCCGAAGUCAAGGCUCCCCAGCUACAGGUCAGUCUGCCAAAGGUGGAGGCAGAUAUUUCCCUUCCCAAAUCACAAGCCAAAAUUAAAGAGGGGGGAUUUGAAGUGAAAGUUCCUGACAUGGAAAGCCGUAUUGAAGUUGAGACAGGGAAAGCUGAGGCAACAGGGAUGAAAAUACACAUGCCAAAAGUCAAGAUGCCUUCUAUGGGAUUUUCAAAACCAAAAACUAAAGCUCCCCAAAUUGACGUGGAUGUUACUUUACCCAAAGUUGAUGUCACACUUCCGACGUGUGAUGUCAGUCUUCAAGAAGCUGACCUGAAAGCAGCCUCUGUUCCCGGAGAUGUCAAAAUCUCAGCACCUGGAGUCAAGAUGCCCAAAAUAGAAGGUUCCAUUCAGCUGAAGGGUCCAGGGAUGGAAGUGAAAGAGUCUUCGGCUGAAUUUGCAGUGGAGGGACCAGAGGGCAAACCUGGCAGUUUGGAAGGGAAAAUUCAAAUGCCUAAAUUUGAAAAGCCAAAGUUUGGAGUUUCACUUCCAAAAGGCAAGGUGCCAGAAGGCGAGAUCAGUUUAUCCAAAAUGGAAGCUGACAUUCCCAAGCCAAAAGUCAAAGGCCAGGUGGGUGCAAUCGGCGUGGAAACCCCGACGCUAGCAGUGGAAGCCUAUGUUCCCGACGUAGAGACUGACGCUUCCGGCUGGAAAAUACAAAUGCCAUCACUCAAAAUGCCCAAAAUGCCGAAAGCAGACAUUCAAGCACCAAAGGUGGACAUCACUCUCCCAUCAGUAGAUGUUUCUCUUCCAAUGGCCGAGGUGGACAUUAAGUGCCCAGAAGCAAAAGCUAAAGCGGUGGAGAUAGAAGGUGAAAUAAAGGUCACAGAUAAAGAUGCUAAAGGAAAAGAAAGUAAAUUCAAAAUGCCAACAUUUGGCAUGCCUUCAUUUGGCUGGUCCACCUCAAAAGACACCAGUGGUGGAGUAGCAGAUGUUGAAGCAAGCCUGAAAGAGCCCCAGGUGACAAUGCCAUCAGCCAGGGCAGAAGGAGGGAUAACAAUGUCAGGACGUGCAAUCCAGGCUGCAAGUGUUGAUCUGGAAAUCGGGACUUCAGCAGGAAAAGAUGGUGAGAAGGGAAAAAUUAAAAUGCCUGAUGUUAAGCUGCCGAGUGUGAAGCUUCCCGAAGUCAAGGCUCCCCAGGUACAUGUCAGUCUGCCAAAGGUGGAGGCAGAUAUUUCCUUUCCCAAAUCACAACCUGAAAUUAAAGAGGGGGGAUUUGAAGUGAAAGUUCCCGACAUGGAAAGCCGUAUUGAAGUUGAGACAGGGAAAGCUGAGGGAACAGGGAUGAAAAUACACAUUCCAAAAGUCAAGAUGCCUUCUCUAGGAUUUUCUAAACCAAAAACUAAAGCUCCCCAAGUUGACGUGGAUGUUACAUUACCCAAAGUUGAUGUCACACUUCCGACGUGUGAUGUCAGUCUUCAAGAACCUGACCUAAAAGCAGCCUCUGUUCCCGGAGAUGUCAAAAUCUCAGCACCCGGAGUCAAGAUGCCCAAAAUAGAAGGUUCCAUUCAGCUGAAGGGUCCAGGGAUGGAAGGGAAAGAGCCUUCGGCUGAAUUUGCAGUGGAGGGACCAGAGGGCAAAGCUGGCAGUUUGGAAGGGAAAAUUCAAAUGCCUAAUUUUGAAAAGCCAAAAUUUGGAGUUUCACUUCCAAAAGGCAAAGUGCUAGAAGGCGAGAUCAGCUUACCAAGAAUGGAAGUUGACAUUCCCAAACCAAAAGUCAAAGGCCAAGUGGGUGCAAUCGGUGUGGAAACCCCGACGCUAGCAGUGGAAGCUGAUGUUUCUGACGUAGAAACUGAAACUUCCGGCUGGAAAAUACAAAUGCCAUCACUCAAAAUGCCCAAAAUGCCGAAAGCAGACAUUCAAGCACCAAAGGUGGACAUCACCCUCCCAUCUGUAGAUGUUUCUCUUCCAAAGGCCAAGGUGGAGAUUAAAGGCCCAGAAGCAACAGCGAAAGCGGUGGAGAUAGAAGGUGAAAUAAAAGCCACAGAUAAAGACCCCAAAGGAAAAGCAAGUAUAUUCAAAAUGCCAAAAUUCAGUAUGCCUUCAUUUGGCUGGUCCACCUCAAAAGAGACCAGUGGUGGAGUAGCAGAUGUUGAAGCAAGCCUGAAAGAGCCCCAGGUGACAGUGCCAUCAGCCAGGGCAGAAGGAGAGAUAACAGUAUCAGGACCUGCAAUCCAGGCUCCAAGUGUUGAACUGAAAAUCCGGACUUCUGCAGGAAUAGAUGAUGAGAAGGGAAAAAUUAAAAUGCCUGAUGUUAAGCUGCCGAGUGUGAAGCUUCCCGAGGUCAAGGCUCCCCAGGUACAGGUCAGUCUGCCAAAGGUGGAGGCAGAUAUUUCCCUUCCCAAAUCACAAGCCAAAAUUAAAGAGGGGGGAUUUGAAGUGAAAGUUCCUGACAUGGAAAGCCGUAUUGAAGUUGAGACAGGGAAAGCUGAGACAACAGGGAUGAAAAUACACAUGCCAAAAGUCAAGAUGCCUUCUCUAGGAUUUUCUAAACCUAAAAUCAAAGCUCCCAAAGUAGACGUGGAUGUUACUUUACCCAAAGUCGAUGUCACACUUCCAACUUGUGAUGUCAGUCUUCAAGAAGCUGACCUGAAAGCAGCCUCUGUUCCCGGAGAUGUCAAAAUCUCAGAACCUGGAGUCAAGAUGCCCAAAAUAGAAGGUUCCAUUCAGCUGAAGGGUCCUGGGAUGGAAGUGAAAGAGCCAUCUGUUGAAAUUACAGUGAAGGGACCAGAGGGGAAAGCUGGUAGUUUGGAAGGGAAAAUUCAAAUGCCUAAAUUUGAAAAGCCAAAGUUUGGAGUUUCACUUCCAAAAGGCAAGGUGCCAGAAGGUGAGAUCAAUUUAUCCAAAAUGGAAGCUGACAUUCCCAAGUCAAAAGUCGAAGGCCAAGUGGGUGCAAUCGGCGUGGAAACCCCGACGCUAGCAGUGGAAGCCGAUGUUCCCGACGUAGAGACUGAAGCUUCUGGCUGGAAAAUACAAAUGCCAUCACUCAAAAUGUCCAAAAUGCUGAAAGCAGACAUUCAAGCACCAAAGGUGGACAUCACCCUCUCAUCAGUAGAUGUUUCUCUUCCAAAGGCCGAGAUGGAGAUUAAGGGCCCAGAAGCAACAGCUAAAGCGGUGGAGAUAGAAGGUGAAAUAAAGGUCACAGAUAAAGAUGCUAAAGGAAAAGAAAGCAAGUUCAAAAUGCCAAAAUUCAAAGUCCCAUCAUUUAGCUGGUCACCAAAGAAAGAAGCAGUUGUUACAUGUGAUACUGAAGCAACCCUUGAGGAGCCUACUUUCGCCUCUUCAUUAGGAGAAACAGAAGCUGAACUAACAUUAACUGUAGCUGAGGUUCAGUGCCCAAAUGUGGAUCUCGAAAGUGAUAUGCCUACAGAAAAAGAUGAUGAGAAGGGCAAAAUUAAAAAGCCUCAGUUCAGCAUGCCAAAGAUAUCACUUCCUAAAAUGAAGGGUCACAAAGGACAGAUCUCUCUGCCAAAAUUGGAAAGUGAUGUUAGUGGUCCUAAACCAGAAAAUGAAGGAGAUGUUUCAGUGCAGAUAUCAGAGAAAGGAAGCAGUGGAGAUGGAGAAGGAAUAGCCAUAAAAAUGCCAAAGGUUAAGAUCUCUACUUCAGAAUUUUCAAAACCAGAAACCAAAGCUCCCAAAAUGGAUGUGGAUGUUAGCUUACCUACGGUUGAUCUCACGCUUCCUACAUAUGAUGCGACUAUUCAACAAGCUGACUUGAAAUUGAGGUCUGCUGGUGCUGAUGUCAGCCUGUCAGCCCCAGAUAUUAAGAUUCCAACAUCAGAAGGAUCCACAGAGUUGCAAAGUCCAGAAACAGGGGUUGAAGGAAUAUCAGCUGGACUUGCUGUGGAUGGAGCAGAGAUGAAAGUUGAAGGUCUUGAAGGGAAGAUUAAAAUGCCCAAAUUCCAAAAUCCAAAGUUUGGAAUUUCACAUCCUAAAGGGAAAGUGCCAGAGAGUGAGAUCAGCUUAUACAAAAUGGAAGCUGAUGUUCCCCAGCUAAAAGCAAUGACAGAUAUUGUUGACAUUGCUGUGGAAGCACCAACAUUAGAAGUUGAAUCUGCCAUCCCUAAUGCAGAAACAGAAUCUUCAGGCUGGAAAAUCAAAAUGCUGAAAAUAUCUGAAGCUGAUAUUAAGACACCCAAAGUUGACAUUAACCUCCAAUCCAACGUUUCUGUUCCAAUUACAGAGAUUAGCAUUCAAGAUUCAAAUAUGGCAUCUAAAGCAACAAUGGUUGAGGAAGAAAUAAAACCUGGAGAUACAGAUAUGGAAGGGAAAGAAGGACAUUUCAAGUUGCCAAAAUUCAAAUUGCCAUCAUUUAGUUGGUCACCAAAAAAAGAAGCAAGCAUUAAAGCUGAUUCUGAAGCACUUCUGGAAGAACCUAAAAUUACCGUAUCAUCAGGCAAAACAGACACAAAACUAGCAGAAAUUGUAACUAAGGAUCAGGGUCCAAGCAUUGUUCUUGAUAUUGAAAUAUCUACAGGAAAAGAAGAACAAAAAAGCCAAAUUAAAAAGCCUCAAUUUAUCAUGCCUAAAAUUUCAUUCUCCAAAAUUAAGCCGCCUAAAUCUCAGGUGAAUCUGCCAAAAGUGGAAGCUGAUGUUACUGUUCCUAAACCAGAAAGAGAUGGAGAAGACUUAGUGCAGAUACCUGAUAUAGAAAGCAGUCAUACCAAAAGCAUAGAAGAGGGAGCACAAAUAAGCAUAAAAAUGCCAAAAGUUCAGAUUCCUACUCCGGAAUUUUCCAAGCCAGAAAUCAAAGUUCCCAAAUCAGACAUGGACAUUAGCCUACCUAAGGUUGAUGCCACCUUUCCUACAUGUGAUGUGAGUCUUCAACAAACUGACCUCAAAUUAAGGUCUGCUGGUGAUGAUGUCAGCUUGUCCCCAGGUAUUAAAUUUCCCACAACAGAAGUUUCCAUUGAGCUGAAAAGUCCAGAAACAGGAAUUCAAGGACCAUUGGCAGUGGAUGGAGCAGAAGCGAAAGCUGAAAGUCUUGAAGGGAAGAUGAAAAUGCCUAAAUUCCAAAAGUCAAAGUUUGGAAUUUCACUUCCAAAAGGACAAAGACCAGAAAGUGAGAUCAGCUUACCCAAAAUGGAAUCUGGAGUUCCCCAGCUUACAAUGACAACAGAUAUUGCUGACAUUGCUGCGGAAGCUCCAAUACUAGAAAUUAAAUCUGAUGUCUCUGAUGCAGAAAUAGAGGUUUCAGCUGGGAAAAUGAAAAUGCCUCAAGUUUCUAUCACUGACAGUAAAGCUCCAAAGAUGGAUGUUAGUCUCCCAUCAGUUUCUGUUUCAACCACAGAGGUGGCCAUUCAAAGCCCUAAGGUGGAGGAUAUGAAAGUGCAAGGCGAACAUGAAAUGAAGUCUGGAGAAAUUCAGACUGAAGAACAUCAGGGCUGGUUUAAAAUGCCAAAAUUCAGAAUGCCAACAUUUUGUCGGUCAUCUUCUAAGGAAAAAAGAGGUGACAUUGAUAGUGAAGGGAGCCUGGGAAAGCCUCAAGUAAGUGCUCUUUCUGCUGAAAUGCAAACUGAAAUAGAAGCUCCUAAAUAUGAAAUAUCAUUGCCAUAUGUGGACACUGAAUUUGCUGCUGGAAAGGAUGUUUUGGAAGGUAAAAUCAAAUCUGCUAAAGCAGAGAUUCCAAAAGUGGGAGUUUCUCUCCACAAAGGUAAAAGUUAUGAUGUUACCUCAUCAAAGUUUGAAGCAGAAGUUUCACUACCUCCAGAAAAAGCAGUUAUUAAAGUGAGCAUUCCUGAAACGGAAACUUAUGCUGAUGUAGUUAAACGCGGUGCUGAAGGACAACAAUUGAAAACAUAUACUCCAAAAGUCAUGAUACCUAAGAUAGAACUCUCUACAUCAGAAAUUAGUACUUCAAAAACUAGGGUGGACAUCAGCUUACCAAAAGCUGACAUUACACUCCCUAAAUGUGAUCUGACCCUUCAAGAACAAAAAGCCAAAUCAGAGCGUGCAGAGGUUCCAACAGCAGAACAUUCCAUUGAGCUGAAGAGUCCAGAAAUAGGAGCCAAAGCACCAUCUGUUGAAAUUGCUUUGGAUGGAACACAGAAGAAAUUAGAUGUCCUCCCAAAAGUAGAGCUGGACAUUCUACCUGCAGAUGCAGGAGUUAAAACUGAAAAGCUAGAGGGUGUGAUAAAAUCUACAGAAAAGGAUGUUCAAGGAAGAGAAAGUAAAUUAAAAAUGCCAAAAUUCAGUGUACCCUCAUUUGGAUGGCCUGCCGCAAAGGGAACAGGAGAUGCUGCUGAUAUUAAAACCAACCUUGAAGAGACCAAGAUAGAUGCUCCAGGAAUUAAAAUGGAUUCUGAAAUAAGUGUUGUAGACCAUGAAAUACAGUUUCCAGCUGAAAGUGUUGAAAAGGAUAUAUCUGCAGGAGUCAGGGUGAAAGUGGAAGAUGGAGAUGAAGCAAGCAAAAUGAAAACAUCUAAAUUUAAGAUGCCAAAGUUGGGAGUGUUACAUUCAAAAGCAAAGGGUUCUGAAGUUGAUGUCUUUCUCCCAAAGUUAGAGGCUGAUGUUUCACUGCCUAAAACUGAACUAGGCAUAGUAGAAAUCCAGUUUAAAAAAGCAGAUGGUUCCAUUGACCUGCAAAGCCCAAGCUCAGACCUUAUGGAAUCAUCAACCAGGAUUUCAAAGGACAAGCCAGACAAAAAAAGUGAAAGUGUAGAGGUAAAUAUUAAAAUUCCCAAAUUAAAAAUACCAGCGUUCACUUACAAUGCACCCACAGUUGAAACUGACAUUUCAACAUCAAAAGUGGCAACAGACUUGAAAGGUGCUGGUACUGACAUUGAAACACCAAAACUGGAAGUAAGCACUAGGAUCCCUAAAGAAAGACCAGAGUGUGCGGGUGGUAAUAUCCAAACACCAUCAGUCAAAAUUCCAAUAUUGGCUCAACGUGACAUUAAAACCUCAGAGGUAUAUGUUAAACUCCCAUCCACAGACUCUUCGGUUUCAAAAGCAGCACUACAGAUUCAGGGACCACUUGCAGAGGGUAAAGAAAUAAAGACACAAGGUGAAGUUGAAUCUGGACAUGUUGAUAUCAAAACGCACGAGACUUACUCCUCUCAGAUAGUGAAAGAAUCUGAGAUUCCUUCAUCAGAAAUUAAAACUGCUAGUUUUGGAUUUUCACUUCUCAAAGUGAAGAUACCCGAGUCACAUGUUAAACUAGACAUGCCAGUCAAACUGCAGUCUUAUACAGAAUAUAAACAUGAGGUGUCCCAGAGUGAAGUUCACCAACCUAAACUUUCUGAUGCAAAUUUAGGGGUAGCAAUACAAAAGACUGACACUGUUGAGUUUAAAUUAUCUGGCAAAUCACAAAGUGAAACUGAUGAAUCUAAUGAUGUCAUAUCUUCCAGUGUUAGUUUGCCAAAAUUGAAAACAUUUACAGUUGAAGUACAGCCUUCCAGUAAACUUGGAGACACUCAAUCUGAUAAGCAACCAGAGGAAAUAGCUGUAUCUCCUCUCUCUAAAGAUGAUGAAAUAGGCAAAAUACCAGAAGAUGAAGAAAAAGAUAUGAAGGAUCAAAAAGAAAAAACUGACAGUAAAAGAUCUUCUGGCAGAUUCAAAUUUUGGCUUCCAAGUAUUGGGUUUUCUUCCUCUGUUGAUGACACAGGCUCAGAUUCCAAACCUGAAGUCCAAAAAUCAAUUCCAGAAGAAACCCAACCUGUUGACUCUUCUGCGUCAGAUACUGACUCUUCUAAACAAACUGAAAAAACUGGAUGGUUUAGAUUUCCCAAAUUAGGCUUCUCAUCCCCAUCAAAAAAGGCUAAGAACAUUGACAAAGAAGAAGAGACAAAUCUAAAAGAAAUGAAAACUUCAGAUGAUGAAAGUCCAUCAGAGAAACCUGAAACAUUUUUUGAUGCAGAAGAAAGCUUAACGCCUAAAGAAGAAACAAUUAAGGGUGAAGAAAAUGAAACUACAGGGACCUCAUCUAACGUCCACGUUUCUGGUGCUAUAGUUACAUCAUCAGCAAGAACUGAAUUAAUCUUGUUGGAGAGGGAAAGAGCUAGUCAGCAAAGUAUUCUUGAAGAAACCACCAAAUGAGUAUUUUUUUCUGAUCUAAACGUAUAUGGAAAAUCUGAAGGUAGAACAAACUAAGAGAAAAACACAUUCAGAAAAAUGCUGUCUUCCCAAAGAGUUUUCCAGAAGAAAUGAAAGUGGAACAGAACUUAAAACUGACACUUAUGAAAACAGUCUAUGGAUCAUUCUUCACUACACUGGCAUUUGUAAGCAUAUGAACAUACUGUAGGUCCUAAUGAAACAUUUGUUUCCAUGAGAUGUAUGCAAGAAGAAACACACAACUACUGAAGACAAGGAGGCAUUCAUACUUUUAACAAAGUCUGAUAAAAUUCUCCUAACCAAGCAAAAUAAAGUGUUGAAUGGAGCAAAGAUAGUGAAAAGCUUUUAUUAAAUAUAAUUCUCUAAAACAUGCCAAUUGUGUUUAGGUUAUAGAUUAUUUGCAGAAAGGAGUAUAAAGCUAGUGCUAUGAGGACUAGAAAUAUACAUAACUGUUUAGAUUUUAUUUUAUAAAAUAUAUUUCUGCCUUGAUGUUGCUUUCUUACGAAAAAUAUAUUUUCUUUAUCUUAGAUAGAGCAAUAUUUGUAUUCCAUGAUCAUUUUAAAAUGUCAAACAAGUAGAAAUAAUACUGUUGAUAUGACAAUCCUUCCCCCGCCCCUCCCCCCCCCCCAGUUAGUAGGGUGGAUAAUAUUUAGCCUUAAAAAAAAUAAAAAUUUCAGAAAACGCUCCAGAUUCCUGAAAAAUAUAUACUGCUGAUUCACAUAUUCAAAAUACAAAAAUAAAAUAUGGCAACUGAGAAGAAGAAUAAAAAAAAUUGGGGUAAGAAAGUUCAUUAUGUAUAUACUUAUCAGAAUAGUUAAUGCAUAGAAUGGGGCAUAUGUGAGUGGAAUCACUGGAAAGGUUUUUCCAGAGAAAAAAGAUGUAAAUAGUUAUUUACCUUUUGUUUAUAUCAAUGCUUCUCUUAAGUACACGACCAAAAAGGUAGUACCAUAUAUGUUAGCCAUCACUGUACAUGUAUUACUAAAAUGUUGAAUGUAUUCUCAAUUCACAGUACAGUCACUGUAUUGAUAAUAAAUGCAGU